AUGGCUCCAGGCCCAACUCCGGGUGCAGUCCCUGCUCCUGGUCCUGCUCAUCCUCCCACACAACUCAAGGUAACCUAUCUGACCCUGGACGAUCCAAGCAAUCCUGGGGAUAAUUCUCCUCUUCCACGACGAUCACCAUCGCCACAGCCGGCUCGUUUCGAGACGACUAAUGCCCGAUUUGUUCUGCACGAUCCCGCUCGUGGUACCGGCUGCGCGCCCGUCAGUCCGCCUCAGAAACGACCUGGCCAGGGCCAAUCCAGCUUUCAUUCAUUUGAGUCACCUCACCCGUCGCAACCGACGUUUAGGCCAGCCAAAAAGGCAACCAUGUUAAAUGAUGAAUGGGAUGAUGCCCAAGACAUGCCGAGAUUAUUUGGCGUGCGAUCCCCCGACCUGGGGCAUCGACAGGUGACGCCGACUUUGGAGUAUCAUUCCCCCAAAGCAACUAAAAAUGCCAAAGCUAUAAGCCCCAAGUAUCAAACCCUGCGAAAGCCGGAAUGGGAUAUCUCUCGCAUCGUACAAGCUUUAACCACGUUUCGCCAAGAUAUCAAAGACGGACAUGCACGCAUGACGUCCUACAUCAUCGAAUCCACCAAGGCUACGGAGCGCCGUGUUCUCACUGGCAACGAUCUCUUUGCCGGCCUCAGCAGCAAACCUGCGUCAAGCGACGAGGCUGAAACGAUGAGAAUCAAAUUCAAAGUAGUCGACCCUAUAUACUUUGAUAAAAUCGAUACUUACAUCAAAAAACAGGAACACUUCAACCCCAAGAACAACAAACGUGAGGAUCGCUAUGAGGUUAUGCGCAUCCAGACCGACGAAGAGCGCGUUCCCCGGUAUCGCUUUCCCCACGUGGAAAUCAAAAAGAGCAUCCUCACUCCAAAUACGAUGCUGACAUUUGUUCCCCACCUGAGGGACCUUGAGAGUUCUGAGGAGUCAAAGUACAACGUUUGGUUGCAGGAGCUGGAGGACAUUGACCGCAAAUCCGGAUUUAAGCCAAUGAGUCGCGAGGAAAAAGUGCGCGUAACUGUCCGCUCGGAAUUCGCCUCGACUGUCUCGCUCUACCUUGAAAACUGGCUGGACAGGCUCAGGCUUCCCGGUUGCGAUAAAUCAACCCUGAUCCGGUACAUGGCAAGUCGCGCACCCGAUGAUGCAAUCACGCCCCGACAGAAGUCCGACAUCCUCAAUUCCCAUCGCCAAGCCGAGUCCACUACCUACCCCGAGGCCAACAGGGCUGCCGAAAUGUUCACGGAAGCAUUUUAUCGUGUAUUCCACCAAAACCAGCCUGCGACGAAGCAGAUUACGCUCCGAGACGUCCUCUUUCUCGAUGAGUCUGUCGACAGCAUCAUGGAUACCAAACAGAUGGCCAAGGAUGGCUCUAACUCUCAAUACGAGGACGAAUUCGAGGCUGCCGAAUUCAAUCUGGGAACUUAUUGUAUUCUUGGCUGUCUCAUCUGCUUUAGUCAUUCCUGCGAGCAUGGAGAGUAUGAUGCUUCCAACUGCAAACGAAACCUUUCGAUGCUUCCUCGCCUCUCAGAUACCCUCAAGCGAAGAAGACGCAUUCUGUCCGACAGGGCCAACAUCGCCAACUGGCAUCCUCUUAACCCCUGCAAACGCAACUGCUACCAAACAUCGACCACUUCCGCGGUAAACUCUGCGCAGCGGCCUUGGACGCCGGAAGAGCACAUCGUUAUGCGAUCCACGGUUGCGACAGCCGACCACAGUCGCGUCAAAACGGAUCCCUUCUGCAUUGUGGCCCACCUUCUCGACCGCGACUGUCGCGAUGUUUUCCACGAGUAUGAACACCUCGGUAUCAGACUGCCUCCGCCUGAGCCAGUCAGGAAGAUACCAAUUAGGACGGUUUCAUGGUAUGAUCGCUUCAAAAAGGCGCUCAUUGGCGACUGGGAAAGUCGCACACGCAGCCAGGAGCAUCAACAGCGUGAGCUGAUUGAGCCCUGCUCUCACGAAGGACCAUGUACCCUGGAAAAUUGCAUUUGCGUCCAGUACGGAUAUUUAUGUGAGAAGUACUGCGAAUGCACGGUGGAGAAUUGCGCGUACAAAUUCACUGGCUGCGCCUGCCAUUCGCAAGGCAAAACUUGUCUUUCGAAACAAAAGGAUAGACCAUGUGUUUGUGUGCAGCUGAACCGCGAGUGCGAUCCGGAUCUCUGCGGUACCUGUGGUGUUCUGGAGAGGGCUGAUCCUGAAAAUGCCAAAGAUGAACUCCUCCACGCGACUGGCUGCCAGAACUGUUCUUUACAGCGGGGUCUUACCAGGGCUCUCGCGUUAGGCCAAAGCGAGCUAGAGGGAGCUGGCUAUGGACUUUUCGCAGCUGAAUUUAUCGCACAGGGUGAUUUCAUCAUCGAGUAUGUUGGAGAACUCAUCACCCAUGACGAAGGCGUCCGGAGAGAGGCCAGACGCGGUGAUGUAUUCGAUGAAGAAUCUAACAUCUCAUACGUCUUUACGCUUCUCGAAAAUGAAGGCAUUUGGGUGGACGCGGCUAUGUAUGGCAACCUGAGCCGCUAUAUCAACCAUGCGUCGGAGAAGUCAGACUGCGACAAGCGUGGCUGCAACAUUACGCCUCGAAUUCUUUACGUCAAUGGCGAAUACCGGAUCAAAUUCACUGCGACGCGUGACAUUCAAGCUGGCGAAGAACUCUUCUUCAACUAUGGCGAGAACUUCCCCAAUCUGACCAAGAAGCUGCUCGACCAUAAGGCGGGAGAGAUGUCUGAGGCGGCAAAGAAGCGGACACGCCGUCUAAACCGCGCCAAUCAUGGACAGGGAGUAGCCAGAAAAGCGCCCAAAUCUGACAAAAAGAAGCCUGGCAAGGACAGGACGGCCUCGCGUCAAGACCUUGGAGACCAGGACUUGGAAAUGUACGAGUCGCCCGAAUUCAUACCUAAACUACCGCGAAAGCGGAAGCGAGAGGUACAGGAUGACUCUGAGGAGGACGAGUAUCAUCCAACGGCAACAGAUGCGGCUGGGUCUUGCGCCGGGUCUCCGUCAGCAACUGACUCGGACUUUGCGUUAGGGAAGGGUUCGGACAGGCUUCGAAAACGAGCACGUCAGCCUCUAAAAUCAGCAAUGGCCGAGCAUAUGGGCAAGUCUCGAGAGCCCAAGACACGGGGAAAACGGAGCGGAGCCAGACCCGGCAGUGGAAGGCCUAGAAAGUAUCCGCACAGGGCGUCCAAGCCCGCUCCCGCCCCGAUGCCCGAGUAA